AUGAAGAACUUGAUCCUCGUAGCGGCCACGCUCAUCAACGCAGCGCUAGCUCAGAAUGUCAGUCGCGGCGCCGCGAUGAUGCGCUUCGCAUGUUCUCAACUCACCGUCGAGCGACUGGACCCCUUGGUCAACCCUGGAGUCAUUGGAAGUCCACAUACCCACCAAAUCGUUGGAGGAAACAGCUUUCAGGCUGACAUGAAGCCUAUGGAGUACGAUCUGGUCGAGAAGAGUACUUGUACAACGUGUACUUUCAGCGAAGACUUCAGCAACUACUGGACUGCAGCGUUGUACUACCGCGCACCUCAAAAUGGCACUUACAAACGUGUCCAGCAGUUCCCCAAUCUUGGGCUAAACCAGAGAGGCGGUAUGACGGUGUACUACAUACCUCCGUAUGAUGGCUUCAGCAACGUGACUGCGUUCAGACCCGGUUUCCGUAUGCUCGCUGGCAAUCCAAUUCUUCGCAAUACGACUGGCGAAUCCCGCGGCAUCUGCCAUCGCUGCAUUUACAAGGACUCACAGCCCUUUGGUGGCGCUCCAUGUACAGGGGAAGAUACGACAUUCCUCCCCAACCGCAUGUGCGAAGGUGGUAUUCGUACCCAAGUCACCUUCCCUACAUGCUGGGACGGCGUCAAUUUGGACUCACCGGAUCACCAGAGCCACGUCGCAUAUGCAGAGAUCCCGUAUGAGCCAUAUUUUCCGCCCAUGGCAACAUUUCCGUAUACACCCGAGCAGCAGAGGGGCAAGUGUCCAGAGGGCUAUCCCGUGCAGCUUCCGCAAAUCAUGUAUGAGGUCAUGUUCGACACGACCCCAUUCAAUACCCCUGAGAUGUGGGGCGAGGAGGCGACGCAGCCUUUUGUGUUCAGUAUGGGCGAUGCGACCGGCCAUGGUAAUCAUGGUGAUUAUAUGUUUGGUUGGAAGGGCGAUGCGCUGCAGCGAGCGCUGGACGCACGGUGCAGUAACGAUGAAUGUAGCGAGUUGGACAGGCAGAGCGACGAAGACGCGAUGAAGUGCAGUAUUCCGCAAACGGUGGUUGAGGAUGUCGACGGAUCUGAGACAUGGUUGAAGAGCUUACCUGGUGGAGUGCAGAUCAACGAUGGCAUGUAG